ACGAUUCUUCUUAUUAAGCAGAAUUGGAUUGUUGUCAGACUAGUAAGCCUCCUUCUCAUGAUUCAUAGCGCCUGUGUGUCCGAUCUCAUGAUGCGGACAAAUCCCGGAUGUUACCAAUGGCCUUGUCGAAUGAUAUAGUGCGCCAGCGCUGGUAGGUUCUCUCUUGUAUAAGUCUCCUACAAAUCUGUAUUCUGGGUCGAAGUAGUUCGACUUGUCAUUGCAAUUGUUCUGCCUCAUCAAUGUCGAAAUAUCAUAUUUUAGUAGCUGGAGCUACAGGACCAUCCGGACUGGCUUUCUGUAAUGUUGCUCUAGAUGCAAAACAUAGAUUAACCCUGUUCGUGCGCAACCCAUCGAAGGUGCCGCAAGCCAUUGCCCAGAACACGAACGCAGGAAUCAUAGAAGGAGGGUUCGAUGACAUGGUCGCCCUUGAGGCUGCAGCCAAAUGUGGCGCCGAUAUUUUCGUCUCUUUUAUCGGCCCAAUUUCUGGCCACAAAGGCACGCCUCUAACAGAAGGCUAUAAACGCCUCCUUCCACUUCUCGCCAGCUGCAAUUACAAGCGCACCAUGAUCCUUGGGACACCGUCAUGGGCCUCGUCUGAGGACAAGCGAUCACUGCUAUGGCAAAUGUCUAUUGGGUCCAUAGCGUUGUUUUUCCGUGACGCCUACAAAGACUUUGUAGGAAUAGGAAACUACGUCACUUCACUACCUUUGAGCGAGAUCAAAUGGACGUUAUUCCGCGUCCCUUUCCUAACAGACGCAGCCCCUAGCGAAGUCUACGCUGGACCAUUAGGUGCUCCGCAUAUAAGUUUGAAGCUAUCGCGAGCUUCCAUGGCGAAUUGGUUGCUUCAAGAGAUUGACAAGGCGCAGUGGAUUGGAAAGACUCCAUGUCUAUCGAACUAGCAAAGACAACAAUUCCUCUCACUAGGCUAUUAACUCACAAUCGGAUGUUGACUUGGAUACCAGAGAUCAAUAGUCUUUUUUAUAGGAGUAGCCUGGGUUCAGUCAGUAAGGAAACGACAGUACACUAGAAGAACGAGUCGCAACAUCCUCGCACGCAAUGUCAGCGUCGGGGUACGAUGCCUGGGACCAAAAUCUCAUCAAUAGA